AUGAGUGGGCCACUAACAUAUGAGGAGUUAGUAGAUCAUAUCGUGAAUGAGAAGCCCAUCCCCAACAUACUGAGCGUCCCCAACGUUACAUUAGACCCAUCUUUAGUCACUAAAUCAAAUAUGAAACCCCGGCCCAAACCCUGGGAGCGGAAUAACGCCGCAACUAGUGAGUUGGCUGGCGAACCACCACAUCAGCAGACUGCAGUAGCAGAGGGGCCCGAAAUAUGCACUCGUUCUCGCAGUUCUGAGAGUCUCUCAAAGUACUAUGCUAUUGAGGCGGAGUUUGAGCAACAGUUGCAGAGCUUCCUGGGCGGGAACGAGGAAAGCGAGAAGUUGCAAUGA